AUGGAAAAUACUAGAAGAAUACUUAGGGGACAUGCGGUCCAAGACACUAGACCUUAUAUGGUAUAUCUCAGACCAGCAUCGGCUGCAGACCCAAAGAUCUCGGAGACGAACUGGCUCUGCGGAGGUGUCAUCAUUCAUGAGAGAUACAUACUCACAUCAGCUGCCUGCAUUGAGGAUGCGAAACAUUUCUAUGUUGUCUCUGGAUUACAUAAAUGGGUACCAAUUAAAGAUAAACAUGAAUGUAUUACUAAUGGGGCUAAGAAAGCAGUUUGGAAGUGCGUUCCCAAAUCUUACUACUUCGAUGGCGACGACUUCGACAAUAUCCGCUGGAUGGUGGGCGACAUUGCCGUUGUGAAGACCGAAGACAAUUUUAACUUCGAGCGUCGGAUCAGAGGCUGUGACUUCAUUCCUAAGAAGAUUGACUUCAACAACCGUUCUCUUGAGCUGGAGAAACCUGGUUCAGUUGGAUCUAUCGCUGGAUGGGGAUCCACAGAUAGCUUUGGAGAUUUCCGCAGUACAAUAAAUUCCCCUGAGUUACUGGAGACAGAUACUCAGUUGAUUUCCAAGGCGAACUGCAAGAAGCGCUGGGAAGCAAGAUACCACUUCAUCAUCGAUGAGCAUGUGAUCUGCACGAGGGAUAUUACUGAUGAUGAAGCUAUGGCCUCUGUUUGUUCGGAACGCGAAGUAAACUGCAAGGAGUUGCUAUACAGUGAUGAUGAGAAGGACGAGUAUGGGGAAGCUGAUGACGCCGUUCAACCAGAAAGACGUAUGAUGAUAGAACCCAGUCAACUUUCUAUUCAUACUGCAAGGCACAUACCUGAUGCUAGGCGGACUCACAAGGUCUCCAGCGGCGGUUUCUGUGAGAAUGACCACGGUGGUCCUCUCAUCGUCGGCCAAGGCAAGACUGCGGUGGUAGUAGGCGUCAUGUCUGCUUGUCUCACCAGGGAUGUUACCAGAAAAUGCUAUGGACCCUUCCUCUUCACCAGCGUGUAUCGGUACAGGAACCUCAUCACCUGUGCCAUCGAUAAGGAUCUUGGGCCGACCUGCCGAAAAUUGCUGAGGUCUUCGAAAACUCCGAUAAUCGAGACUAAUUUCGAUUGGACGAAUCAUGCAGACGGGCCUGCAAAAGAGGACCACGCGAUUCACAGGGUCCACACUGAAGAUCCCAAUAAGAUUUAUUAUCCGAAGCCAUCUACCUCUACACAUUUCCGACCAGUGACGAGACGAGUUCUUGAAACUACAGACAGAGAUGAUUCGGUCGUCUUGUAA